GAGUGUGUGUGUGAGUGUGUAAAAGACGAGCAGCAGAUUUUUUCCCCCUCUUCCUCCUCUUCCUCUUGGUGCUGCUGGUUUCUCAGUUCACUGCGACAGAAGACACACAGAGAUGAACGACUUUAUCAUCCUCUGUGCUGCUGUGUGUUUGGGACUUUUACUAAGUCAAGCUCCCGGGUUUAAAGCUGAGACUUUACACAAUGAUUUCCUGCAGGAUAUUUUAGCGCUUUACGGUCAGGACCGAUUAUUAGACAUUAACGGGAUUAAAGCUUUACUGGAGACCGUCACUCAGGGAAAACCGGCGGCGCUGGACACACUGAAUGCGCAUGCGCAGUGUGGAUCUGCAGAGGACAUUCUUGCUCUGUAUGGCCUCAGCAACCUGACACACCUGGACAAGGGGCACCUGAGGACCAUCUGCCCCACUCUCCUAAACAGAGCUCUUCUGCCCCCCUGCCCUCUACAAGCAGCUGAGUCUAAAAAACACAUUGAGAGUCAAGUAUGGGGUUAUGGCUUCCUGUCUGUUACCAUCAUCAACCUGGCCUCACUCCUGGGUCUCGCCCUCAUCCCGUUCACCAAGAAACCCUACUUCCCUAAAGUGCUCACGUACUUCAUCGGGCUGGCCAUCGGGACUCUGUUCUCCAACUCCGUCCUGCAGCUCAUACCUGAGGCUCUGGGGUUUGACCCGAAAAAAGAUAACUACAUCACGAAGGCUGUUGGGAUCUUUGGCGGAUUUUAUCUACUCUUCUUCACGGAGAGGAUCCUGAAGAUGAUCCUAAAGACCGACGAAGAGCACGGCCACAGUCACUUCAGUCCUCCCGCGGUUCCUCAGCAGAACGGAGGAGGAGCCGUCAUCGCCGUCACCAGCUUCAGCAUCUCAAGCAGCGACAAGAGCAGCAUGACAUCAGAAGCUACAGUGGAGCAGAUGCUGCCGUCUCAGGGUUGCUGCUCGAGGCUGGCGAGGGUGAAGACGCUGGCGUGGAUGAUCACGCUCAGUGACGCCCUUCACAACUUCAUCGACGGCCUGGCCAUCGGCGCUUCCUUCACCGUCUCAAUUCUCACCGGCUUCAGCACCUCCAUUGCCAUCGUGUGUGAGGAGUUCCCUCAUGAGCUUGGUGACUUUGUGAUCCUGCUGAACUCGGGGAUGAGCAUCAGGCAGGCCGGGCUGUUUAACCUGCUCUCAGCCAUGUCCUGUUACGUAGGAUUGGUGUUGGGGAUCCUGGUGGGCAGCACAUUUGCCCCUAAUGUCAUAUUCGCCCUCGCUGGAGGGAUGUUUCUCUACAUCGCCCUCGCUGACAUGUUCCCUGAAAUGAAUGCCAUCGCUAUGGAGCACCGGGGGAACAUCAAGACAAACAUGGUGUUCUUCCUCAUCCAGAACGCUGGGCUCCUCAGCGGGUUCUCGGUCAUCCUCCUCAUCACCAUGUUCGCUGGAGACAUUAACCUGGGCUGAGCUUUUUCGACUCCACAACACUGCGUGCCUUAUUCCUUAACAAAAACAACCCAAAAGCAAUACUGAUUGUAACAUUACACUAGAACUGAUCAUGAACUAACACUUUUGUACAGAAGAUAGAUUCCUCAACAUGAGCAUAUUUGUAACGAUCAAAAAGUCUAAAGACAAUUAAUUUUUUUUUGUAUAUCGUUUUAAUCGACAGUAAAACACGUCUAAUCAAAAGAUUUCAUAUUCGAAACAAUGCUUGUUUAUUUUCUUAUGACGAUUUAAGUUGAAGUUGUCAAUUGAUGACAUUAUACGACUCGCUUUGAUAGUAUUUAUGAAAGCCAUGAAAUAAAUUGGUCCUUCAUUAGCUGGACAGAUCAGUAAACCGAUUACUACAUAAAGGAUUAAAUCCUAAUAAUACGGGGACUAUAGAUUCUAAAGAAUUUAGAAGGAAAAUAAAGAAUGUAAGACAGCAUGUAGUACACUGUGAAAAUUAAACUCAAGUAAAGACCAGCAACCAAAAAAGGAGGACCAGUAAAUACCACAUCAAUCGAUGCUGGGGAUCAGUCGGGAUCAUCAGCCAAUGAGGGGGAAUUGAUCGGUACUGUACCUUCAGCCAAUGAGGGGGAAGAGUGAAUAACAGUGGAUGACUGCUCGUCAGUUGAAACUCAAUCCCAGCAAAACUGAACUCAUGUCGGUUUGUUCUCUACAUCAUCAGAAGGAUUCAGCCAUUUUUUGUUCACACACGCUGCUCAGGUACAUGUUCAGUUUGUUCACCUCACUGCUGCGUUCCUCUACAACACAUCAGAUUGGAAACACUGAUGAUUGCCUACAAAGCAAAAAAUAUUCCAGCUCGCUUUCUUACUGUACCUCAAAGCCCUCAUCUCUAAUCACACUGCACCUCGCUGCCUCAGAUCUAACAGCACUGCUCGACUGGUCCCACCAUCUCUCAGGGUAAGAGGGAGGUAUAUAACAAGACUCGUUUCUGUUCUGGCACCGAAGUGGUGGAAGGAACUUUCUGAAACAUUUAAACUAGCACCUUUUCCCUGUUUGGUGCAUGUGUGUGGUUUGCUCAUGGAUGGUAUCUCAAGACUGUAAUCUAGUGAACUGUUGUUAAUGUAUUCAUCGGUAGAGACUUAAACACUCUUUUGUACGUUGCUCUGUAUAAGGCGUAAAUGUAGAUGUAAUGCAAAUGAAUAUCAUCAGCUGAUGAGGGGGAUCAGUCGAUAUCAUCAACCGAUAAAGGGGACUUUAUCAAGACCUGCAGCCGACGAGGGGGGAUCAGUCGGUCUCAUAAGCCAAAGGGGGGGUCAGACUAUACCAUCAGCUGAUGAGGGGAAACUGAUUGAUCAGGAGAGCAGGUAAAGACCAGUCAGAUUAUCAGAUAGCAAAUACAGCAGCCACGAAGCUGACAUCGGCCCAUACCGACAGCCAAUCAUGGAAACUGGCCAGUUCCUGUAUUCAGUCGUGGAAAUGUGUAAAUACCAGCAGCCAAUGAGGCGGAAUGGAUCAAUAUCCCUAACCAAUUAGGGAAAGGGGUUAAUACUGUUGUGCAAUAGAAAAAUAAACAAGAUUCAAUUUAAAGCAUUUCACAAACAGGUAGAAAAAAAAAAAGAAGAAGAAGACAAAAUCAGCCAGUGUUGUACCAAAAAAGUCCAAAUUUAUAUUUUCUUUCUAUAAUCUUGUUACACAUCUGAUGUAUCCAUCUAUACAUUUAUAAUUAUUUAACAUUCAUUUGACACAGAAUAUUGUACAACAUGGUCAGUGCAAUAUUCUCGGCAGUUUAUAUUCAGAACAUUUCUCUUACAAAAAAAUAUACAUCUACUGUAUUCUAUAGAUCUUAGUACAUUAACCUUAAGGUUUUAAAUCAGUACAAAAAAAAAAAAAAAGGUUUGAUCACAUGAGAUGUUCUGCGAGAAGA